AUGACUCACCCGGAACCUGACUGGGGCCAGGAGAUGGAGCAAACCCAUAUCAAUAUUCCCGCUACCGACGAAUAUUCCUCAGAUAACAUACCUCUGCUCCAAGCAGUCCGUCUCUACCCCAAGAUUGUCGCGUGUGCAUUCGGCCUUGCACUAGCAUUCCUCCUGACCGGCUAUGAUACCGUAAUCCUCGGCACCAUCACUGCAGUUCCAUAUUUCAAACAAGAAUUCGGCGAAUUAUACAAUGGCUCAUACAUCAUCCCAGCAACGUGGCUAUCAGUAUGGAGCGCCAUUGGACCCGUCGGGUCAAUGGUCGGUGCCGUUAAUGCCGGGUGGUUUCAGGAUCGCAUCGGCCGUCGUUGGUCACUAGCACUAAGCUGCGUAGUCUGCGCAGCCGGCAUUGCCAUCGCCUUCUGCUCCAACCUGCCCAGCGAAAUGAACUCUCGUCGCGGUGCCUUCCUCGUCGGUAGGACGGUGCAGGGGUGGGGAGUUGGUGGUGCCAUGGCUGGUGCUCAGACUUACCUCUCUGAGACUGUACCAACCAGCUUGCGAGGCUCGGCGAUGGCGCUGUCGCCGACUUUCAUGCUACUCGGAGAACUGCUGGGUGCGGCCGUCAUAUAUGGUUGUGAGAAGAAGGUAUCGGCGGCGGCCUAUCUUAUUCCUUUUGGGACGCAAUGGAUUACUACUAUCUUGCCCUUCAUGUUUGUUUGCAUCCUGCCGGAGAGUCCGUCAUAUUUGAUCAGGAAGGGGAAAUAUGACGCUGCUCACCGCGCAUUGGCGUGGUUUCAUACUGAUAAAGUUGACGUCUCUCGCCUUCUCGCCCAGAUGCGUUUGUCUAUUAUGCACGAAGUGCAAAUGUCGCAGGAGUUGGCUUAUGUCGAUUGUUUUAAAGGGACGAACCUGCGCCGGACGAUGAUUGUGGCUUUCGCUUUUGUUGUCCCCAGUUUCUUCGGAGUGCCUCUGUUGGCCAGUGCCAGUUAUUUUAUGCAAGUCGUUGGAAUGGGAUCAAGCCUCAGUCUCAUUGUGCUCAUCUUGGGCAUUGUUCUGGGUCUUAUCGCGAACGCGAUUGGUGUCUGGCUUAUGAGUCGCGUUGGAAGACGUCGCUUGAUGUUGAGCACUUUGGCUGUCACCACUGUCAUCUGGCUGAGUAUGGGAAUUGCUGGUUGCUGGUCUGGCAACAUUGUCAUUUGGUAUACUGCUGCCUGUAUGAUGGCCGUGGUAGUAGUCUGUGGACUUGGAGCAUGGCCUGCUUCAUAUGCAGUCUCAGGAGAAGCAUCAUCCCUCCGUCUCCGCGCAAAAACCCAGGGAAUUGGUGUUCUAUGCUACAUGCUGUCAAAUGUUGUUUUCAAUCUCGUUCUUCCUUAUAUUUACAACACAGAUGCAGGUGAUCUCAAGGGCAAGACUGGUUUCGUCUACGCUGGCUUGUGUUUGCUCACGUUCGUUGUUACCUGGUUGAUUAUCCCCGAGAUGAAAGACCGUACAAUACUUGAGGUCGACGCUAUGUUUGAAUCAGACUUGCCUUGCAGGGAUUUCAAGAAGUGGGCACCCGAACGACUACCACUUAAGGAUGGAACUUUGUGA